AGCCUUCCUUUUCCAAUUCUCUAUUUCCUUUCCUCAUUCCAAAUCUCCGAUCCAUCCCUAAAAACAACUGACGAGAGAUCGAUGAUGAUGAAGAUGCCUUGGAGGAGGAAGAGUAGGAGCUUACAUGUUCAACUACAAGGGGCAAUUGGUACCACUCAAUCUCCAUUCCUAUUCUUGUUUACCAAUUAUUGCCAUUCUUCUACUUCCACACUUGAAGAUGCACGCUUCUUGACAAAUAACUUCAAAUCUGCUUCUUUUACCCACCUUGAUGAUGCCAUUGCUUCCUUCAAUCAUGUAAUUCAUAAGCAUCCUCUGCCUUCUAGGGUUCCAUUUAAUAGAUUCUUAUCUGCCCUUGUGAAAAUGAAACAAUAUCACACUGUCCUUUCCAUGUCCAAAACAAUUGAAUUGCUAGGAAUCUCACACAAUCUUUAUUCUCUUAGUAUCUUAAUUAAUUGCUUCUGCCAUUUACACCUUGUGGAUUUUGGCUUCUCUGUUUUUGGUAAGAUGCUCAAAUUCGGAUUGGAGCCUGACGUUGUGACAUUUGCUACCUUAAUUAAUGGGCUUUGUAUAGAGAGUAAAAUCGACAAAGCAGUGGAAUUUUUCGAUGAUAUGGUUGCACGUGGUUAUCAACCUAAUGUUCGUACUUUCAAUGUGAUAGUAAACGGAAUGUGUAAAUUUGGGAAAACAAAUGUGGCUAUUGGGCUACUAAAGGGAAUGGCUGAUAGAGGUUGUGAGCCAAAUGUUGUGACAUACAGUGCAAUCAUUGACGCCCUUUGCAAAGAUGAGCUAGUUGGUGAGGCUUUAGAGCUCUUCUCUCAAAUGAGGAAUAAGGGCAUUUCACCUAAUGUCAUCACUUACACUGGUUUAAUUCACGGUGUUUGCAAAUUAGGCCAAAAGAACCAAGCUUUGGCCUUGAUGAAUGAAAUGGUGGAGCAAAACAUAUUACCAGAUGUUUAUACCUUCAGUGUAUUGAUUGACGCACUUUGUAAGGAUGGAAUGGUUGCAGAGGCUCAAAAUACAUUCAAUGUAAUGAUUCAAAGAGGUGUAGAGCCUAAUGUGGUCACCUACAAUUCCUUAAUUGAUGGUCUUUGCAUUUCAGACCAAUUCAAGGAAGCUUUGGCCUUGUUGAAAGAAAUGGUGGGGAGGAACAUAUCCCCUGAUGUUUUUACCUUCAAUAUAUUGAUUGACACUCUUUGUAAGAAAGGACUAGUUUCAAAUGCACAGAAUAUAAUCAAGAUAAUGAUUCAAAGAGGUGUGGAACCUGAUGUUGUCACUUAUAAUUCAUUGAUGGAUGGAUAUUGUCUGUGCAAGCAAAUUGAUAAGGCUAGAAAGGUAUUUGAUCUGAUGGUGACCAAUGAAAUAGCUGACAUUUUUAGCUACAGCAUUUUGAUCAAUGGAUAUUGUAAGUGCAAAAUGAUAGAUGAUGCAAAGGAUAUUUUUGUUGAAAUGUCUCAUAAAGGUUUAGUUCCUAAUGCUGUUACUUAUUCUACUCUUAUAAAGGGUAUGUUUCAAGCAGGGAGGCCCCAAACUGCACAGGAGCUCUUUAAGAAUAUGUGCUCUCAUGGUCAACAGCCAAAUAUAGUAACCUUCUCAAUUAUGAUUGAUGGCUUGUGUAGACAGGGGAAUCUCGAUGAGGCACUCACACUAUUGAAAGCAAUGGAGAAAAGUCAGUUGAAGCCUAAUUUUGUGAUCUAUAGUAGUUUGAUCAAUGGUAUGUGCAAAGUUGGGAAGAUUAAUGAUGCCAAGGAACUUUUUUCUAGUCUUUUUGAAAUUGGUUUACAACCUGAUGUUUGUGUAUAUAGUGCAAUUAUGAAAGGACUCUGCCAACAAGGAUUAAUGGAUGAAGCGUAUAAGGUAUUUAAAGACAUGGAAAAGGUAGGAUGUUUACCAAAUAAUUGUUGUUAUAAUAUCAUCAUUCAAGGGUUUCUCAAGCAUGAGGAUUUACCAAAAGCAUCAGAACUAAUUAAUGAAAUGGUUGAUAAGGGGUUCUCUGCUGAUGCUGCUACCACAGAAUUGGUAGUACAUUUAUCGCGGAAUAAUGAUCUCAUUCUAAGCAAACUACGUAAUCGUUAUGAGGCUACUAAAUGCAUAAAUGUUAAGUGAUUUUAACAAUCAACACUUGAUCAGCAGAUGCAAGAGGUCUUCGUUGUAAUGUGAGUUAUUGGUACUUCAAUCUAUUUCCUAUAGUGUUGUUAGUUGCUUUUGCUUUUUACAAGAAACUGUUUAGGAUUAGCACUAAACUCAAGUUUUCAGGUUGUAUAAGCAGAUUAGCUUUGCUGAAUCUGUUCCAAUACUGCAUUGGUCUGCAAUAAGUUGAAAAAAAACAAAAAAAGAACCUUAAGACUCCAGUUUUAUGUAUACAAUGAGAGAAAUUGUGCCUGCUCUCUUCUUACGUGUUCCUUUUUUCUCCUCUCAUUUUGAAAUUCAUCAUUCUGGUAUAACAAUCUGCACUUGUACACAGUUUUUCUAAGUGUCAGAUGAUUUAUUGUCAUGUAUGGAAAAUAUCAAAAGGUGAAGAGCAGCAAUUACUUUUCUUAUUUUUGAGUCUUACUCAACCUGAAAGCUUUUGUUUUGCCUUAUUAUUAUACUAUAUGAAGUGACUUGAGCAGAGUUUUAUUGUAAUUCAAAAUGUGUGUUUCAUCAUUUUUGUUGUCUUCAUGAUUUGCUUGCAAUGAGCAUGAAACAACAUACGUGUCUUUACUUUAAAGAACUUGGGGUAAGGGAGAAGAAAAAUCAAGAAUCUAACUAAUGUUUAUGUGUGUCCAAGUUAUCAUUACCCUUGAAAUUUAUAUCUAGGAGAAUGAAAAUAUAAACUCUUAAUUGAGAGAGGGUCAAUUUGGUAGUUUUUCUUCUCCAAAUUCUUGGUCCUUCAAGAUAUUUCACAUUCAUCUUCCAUGAGAAUUAUAGGAUCACAACAACAGCCUCUUAAUCUUCUAUUCCUAACAAAUUAGCCACUAACCUCCAAACCAACUCUGCCAUCUUAAGAAACUAUAACUUUACGACUGACUUCAAAUCCUAUUAUUCUCAAAACUAUGGACUUAAACUCAACUCUAAUUACCAUAUUUAGCAAUUACCAAUAAUAAAUCAAAAUGGAAAAAAAAUAGAUAAGGGAAGGCUUUUCUUUAUUUUGCAAGUUUUAAAACCAAUCUGUAAAUUAAUCCAGGUAAAAAAACCUUGCUUAAUUUUGGAAACCUUAGUCAUUACCCAUCUGCUACACAAUUUCCUUCCAAUCUCUCCCUCUCAAAUCUUUCUUUAACCCAUAAUUCUUGAUAAUAUUUUCAUAUAAAGCUUCCUUAAACCCUAGAAAAAUCCAUCAAUAAUGCCAUCACUGACAAGUUCUAGCAGGAAAAUGAGUUCUCUCUUCAGGAUUUUAGGCUAAGGUUAUAUACGCAAGUCAUCUUUUUAUA